GUGGGUAUUAGACCCUAUUUGCAGGUACCGGAUCAGGCCGAUUUGGGCAAUGCCGAAGCUGUGGGAAUUCGGCUAUUCUUCUGCCUUCAAUCCCAUUACGAUAUAGAAUCGGCUGAGACCGACUGUUUCAACUCCCACCUCGAAGAGCCUCCACGGCUUCAAUAUACACACUUUCUCGGUCAAUAUCAUACACAAGCAAUAUUGUGGAGACCUAUAUUUGGUAGGAAAGUCAAGAUGAAGAGAACGUAUAGCGAACUCACCAGAGCGGCAUUCUGA